AACGUUCGAGGACCUUGACUAUGCGUAUUUCGAAUUAUUCAUCUGCGCUGCAACACACAAACCACUGCCCAGAAAAAAUAAUUGAUAACUUCUUCUGCUCAAGUCGGAUCGGAAGGCCAACUUGUGCAUAAUUUGUUGCUGGUCUGAUCUGAACCGAUAGCUCCUCCAGUAUCGAUUAAUGGAUGCCAGGAAAGCCCAUAAAGCCUCCUCUUCAUCCUCACCAUCCUCCUCAUCAAAACGUUGGAAGUACGACGUGUUCUUGAGCUUCAGAGGUGAAGACACACGCAAGGGCUUCACAGGCCACCUCCACGCCGCAUUAUCUGGUGACGGAUUCCGCGCCUUUCUUGAUGACAACGAGCUAAAAAGGGCGGAAUUUAUAAAAACCCAACUGGAGCAGGCAAUCGACGGGUCCAUGAUCUCCAUAAUUGUCUUCUCCAAGAGGUAUGCCGAUUCCAGUUGGUGUCUUGAUGAGCUGGUGAAGAUCAUGGAGUGUAGAGAAAGAUUGGGGCAAAAGGUUUUUCCAUUGUUCUAUAAUGUUGAUGCUUCGGAUGUCCGGAAACAAACUGGUAGUUUUGCACAAGCAUUUGAGAAACAUGAAGCGGGCAAACAUGAGAAAGAAAAGGUACAGCGAUGGAGAAAUGCUCUCAGUCAAGCAGCAGAUUUGUGUGGGGAAGAUCUUAAAAAUGCUGACAAUGGGCAUGAAGCAAAGUUUAUCAACAAAAUUCUUGGGGAGGUUAAUAAGCAGUUGUACAGCAAAUACCAAUUAGACAUCGAACACCCUGUUGGAAUUACUUCUCGGCUGAACGAUGUUGUUCGCAUGAUUGAUAUUGAAAAUUCAGGUUCUAAGGAUGACGUUCGCAUGAUCGGUAUUUGGGGGAUGGGCGGCAUUGGGAAAACAACGCUUGCCAAAGCCAUUUAUAACGAAUUUGAAGGUAGCUUUGAAGGUAGGAGUUUCCUUGAAAACGUGAGGGAAGUAAUUGCAAACCAACCAAUGGGUCUGGUUCGUUUGCAAAAACAACUUCUAAAUGAUAUCUUGAAAAGCGAGGGCAUAAAGGUUGACUCUGUUCUUAAAGGGAUCGAGAUGAUAAAAAACAGACUUGGCUGUAAAAGAGCACUUGUCAUAAUUGACGAUGCAGAUGAUCUACAGCAACUAAAAGCAAUAGCUGGAGCUCGUGAUUGGUUUGGUCCUGGAAGUAGAAUUGUUAUUACAACAAGAGAUAAACAUUUGCUAGAGCAAAUUCGAGUGGAUAGCACAUAUAUGGCUCAAGCAAUGGAUGAAAAAGAAGCUCUAGAGUUCUUUAGUUGGCAUGCCUUCGAAAGACGUUAUCCUGAUCAAGAAUACCUUGACCUCUCAAAACGUGUAAUUCGUUACUGUCAAGGCUUGCCACUAGCACUUCGAGUUGUAGGGUCUUUUCUGAUUAAAAGAUCCAUAGCGGAGUGGGAAAGCCAGUUGGAGAAGUUGCGAAAAAGUCCUGAUGGAAAUAUUCACAAAAUACUCAGAAUAAGCUUUGACGGGCUACCUGAUGAUACAACGAGAAAGAUAUUCCUUGAUAUAUCUUGUUUCUUUAUUGGAGAUGACAAGGACUAUGUAACAAAAAUAUUAGAUGGAUGUGGCUUUUAUGCAACGAUAGGAAUCAGUGUCCUCAUCGAACGGUGCCUUGUAACUGUUAGUGAGCGAAAGGAGCUGAUGAUGCAUGAUUUGCUUCGAGACAUGGGAAGAGAGAUCGUUUAUGAAAAUGCCCGCGGUCAUCCUGAAAAAUUUAGUAGAUUGUGGAAACGUGAAGACGUAACAGAUGUAUUGAGAGACAAAUCUGGAACUGACGAAAUUGAAGGAGUUGCUCUACAUUUGGAUUCGGAUCUAGAUUUGACUAGAUUCAGUGCACAAGCAUUUACCAACAUGAAAAAGCUGAGGUUACUCCACCUCAACAACGUAGGGCUCACUGGAGAGUACAAAGAUUUUCCCAAAAAGUUAAUAUGGUUGUGCUGGCAUGGAUUCCCUUUAGAGUCCAUACCAGAUGACUUUCCUGUGCAACCAAAACUAGUUGCUUUAGACCUGCAGUAUAGCGCACUCAAAAUAGUUUGGAAGGAUUGCAAGUUGCAUCAGAAUUUGAAAAUCCUUAAUCUCAGUCAUUCCUAUUUUCUAAGAAAAUCACCGGACUUUAUGAAACUACCAAAUCUCGAGGAAUUGAUAUUGCAACACUGUUGGAGUUUGUCUGAGGUUCACUCAUCCAUCGGGGAUCUUGGAAGACUUUCUUUGGUAAAUCUUCAAAGCUGCUUCAUGCUAAAGGAUCUCCCACUGAAUUUCUAUAAAUCCAAGUCUAUUGAAACUCUUCUACUUACUCGUUGUUCAAGAUUUGAAAAGUUGGCUGAGGGCUUAGGGGACAUGGUAUCAUUGACAACUCUGAAAGCGGAUGAGACAGCCAUAAGACAAAUACCAUCUUCCAUAUUAAAAUUGAAGAAACUGAAAGUUUUAUCUUUAUGUGAUGUGAAAUGGUCGCCAUCAACAAAUCUUUUGCCUCCUUCAUUGCAUAGUUUAAGCUCUUUAAGAGAAUUAGCUCUUGCAAACUGUAGUUUAACUAAUGAUGCAGUCCCCAAGGAUCUCGGUAGCCUAAUUUCCUUAGAAAGGUUAGAUCUUGCAUGCAAUGACUUUUGCAGCCUACCAAGCCUCAGUCGUCUUUCAAAGCUUCAAGAUUUGUCUUUACAUGAGUGCAAAAAUCUUCGUGCAAUCCCAGAUUUACCAACAAAUUUGAAAGUCUUACGAGCAGAUGGCUGCAUUGCAUUGGAAAAAAUGCCAGAUUUUUUAGAAAUGUCAAAUAUAGAAGAAUUGUAUCUAAGUGGUUCGGACAGCCUCACUGAGAUUCCAGGCCUGGAUAAGUCAUUAAACUCCAUGACAAUGAUUUAUAUGGAUGGCUGCACUAAUCUCACUGCUGAUUUUAGGAAGAACAUCCUACAGGGAUGGACUUCUUGCGGAUAUGGUGGCAUUUUUCUCAGUGGAAAUGAUAUUCCUGAUUGGUUCGACUAUGUCCAUGACGAUGAUAUUGUGUAUUUCACUGUGCCUCGAAGUGUUGGUCGUAAUUUUAAAGGGUUAACUUUGUCCUUCGUUUCCUCUCCAGUCUUUUUAAGUCGUCGUAGUAGCAUUAGCAUUAAAAACAUGACCAAGGGUGCUGAGCUUGAAGCCAGGAUCAUACCCGAUUGUCCAAUUGACGAGCUCAAUUACAAGCCAGGUUAUUAUCUUUGGCAGGGACAGUUAUCAAAUGACGAGCUCAAAUUGCAAGACGGUGAUAAAGUCUUGAUUGAAAUAAUAGUGGGGGAAUAUGAUGAUGGGGUGAAGGUGAAGAAAACAGGUGUUAGUCUGGUAUGGGACAAAUUUAUGAACGAAAAUAUGAUUGAUUACCAUCUUUGUGCGUAUGAACGACGCCCAUCUCAAAAUCUGGUCAAUGAUGAUGACAUCAUUCAUGUCGAAGAUGAUAAUCACAUAACAAAAUCACCAGACUUUUCAAAAUUCCCAAAUCUCGAGAAGUUGAUAUUGAAAGGUUGUGAACAGUUGUAUAAGAUUCACUCAUCCAUCGGGGAUCUUGGAAGACUUUCUUUGGUAAAUCUUGAAGACUGCAAAAUGCUAAGGGAUCUCCCACUGAAUUUCUAUAAAUCCAAGUCUAUUGAAACUCUUAUACUGAAUGGUUGUUCAAGAUUUGAAGACUUGGCUGAUGGCUUAGGGGACAUGGUAUCAUUAACAAUUUUGGAAGCAGAUUACACAGCCAUCAGACAAAUUCCAAGUCUCGCUGGUCUUUCAAAGCUCAACGUCUUGUGUGUAAAUGCAUGCGAAAACCUUCGUGCAAUCCCAGAUUUACCGACCAAUUUGUAUGUACUGAAAGCAAAUGAGUGCCCAGAAUUGGAAACAAUUCCAGAUUUUUCAAAAAUGUUGAAUAUGAGAGAAUUGUAUCUCAAUGAUUCGUUCAAACUCACCGAGGUUCCAGGCUUGGAUAAGUCAUUAAACUCCAUGACAAGGAUUCAUAUGGAAGGCUGCACCAAUCUCACUGCAGAUUUUAGGAACAACAUCCUACAGGGAUGGACUUCUUGCGGAUAUGGUGGCAUUUUUCUCAGUGGGAAUGAUAUUCCUGAUUGGUUCGACUGUGUCCAUGACGACGAUAUUGUGUAUUUCACUGUGCCUCGAAGUGUUGGUCGUAAUUUGAAAGGGUUAACUUUGUCCUUCGUUAACUCUUCAGACGGCUACUACAGUAUUAGCAUUAGCAUUAAAAACGUGACCAAGGGUUCUGAGCUUGAAGCCAGGAUCAUACCCGAUUGUCCAACUGAGGGUUAUUAUCUUUGGCAGGGACAGUUAUCAAAUGACGAGCUCAAAUUGCAAGACGGUGAUAAAGUCUUGAUUGAAAUAAUAAUAGUGGACAAAUGGGUGAAGGUGAAGAAAACAGGUGUUAGUCUGGUAUGGGACAAAUUUAUGAACGAAAAUAUGAUUGAUUACCAUCUUUGUCGAUAUGAACGACGCCCAUCUCAAAAUCUGGUCAAUGAUGAUGACAUCAUUCAUGUCGAAAAUGAUAAUCACUUAAGAAAAUCACCAGACUUUUCAAAAUUCCCAAAUCUCGAGAAGUUGAUAUUGAAAGGUUGUAAGUACUUGUAUAAGGUUCACUCAUCCAUCGGGGAUCUUGGAAGACUUUCUUUGGUAAAUCUUGAAGGCUGCAGAAUGCUAAAGGAUCUCCCACUGAAUUUCUAUAAAUCCAAGUCUAUUGAAACUCUUAUACUGAAUGGUUGUUGGAGUUUUGAAAAGUUAGCUGAUGGCUUAGGGGACAUGGUAUCAUUGACAAUUUUGAAAGCAGAUAACACAGGCAUCAGACAAAUUCCAUGUUCCAUAGUAAAAUUGAAGAAGUUGAGAAUUUUAUCUCUAUCUGGCUGCUGGUUAACUGAGGAUGCAAUCCCUAAAGAUCUAUGUAGCCUAAUUUGCUUAGAACAUCUGGUUCUUGGAGCCAAUAAUUUUCGUAGCCUGCCAAGGCUCGCUGGUCUUUCAAAGCUCAAGGUCUUGUGUUUAAAUGCAUGCAGAGAACUUCUUGCAAUCCCAGAUUUACCAACCAAUUUGUAUGUUCUGAAAGCAAAUGACUGCCCAGAAUUGGAAACAAUUCCAGAUUUUUCAAAAAUGUUGAAUAUGAGAGAAUUGUAUCUCAAUGAUUCGUUCAAACUCACUGAGGUUCGAGGCUUGGAUAAGUCAUUAAACUCCAUGACAAGGAUUCAUAUGGAAUGCUGCACCAAUCUCACUGCAGAUUUUAGGAACAACAUCCUACAGAGAUGGACUUCUUGCGGAUUUGGUGGAAUUUAUUUGAAUGGAAUUUAUGAUAUUCCUGAGUGGUUCAAAAUCGUCAAUCAUGUGGACAAUAUCGUCUUCUUUGAAGUUCCUAAAAGAAUCAUGGGUCGUGAUUUAAAAGGGUUGACUAUAUGCUUCGUUUACUCUUCUUUUGUUUUUGGCCCAGAACUUGAAGGUCCUAUUGGCAUUAUCGUUAGAAAUCUUACCAAACAAACUGCUUUGCACACCAAGAUAGCAUUUCUCAGAUACGGAAGACCAGGACCGGAUUUGCUUAUUGAGGAUCUAUUGUCAACCGGACUUGAAGACCGUUAUCUUUGGCAGGGACAAUUGUCAAAUGAUGUGCUCUGUUUGGAAGGUGGUGACCACGUAUCGAUACUUGUAAGGCCUCAUGAUGUGGAUUUUGUGAGAGUGAAGAAGACGGGGGUUCAUUUAGAAUGGGACAAAGUCAUGAAGGAAAAUAUGGAUAAUUUGGAUCCUCAUUUGUAUGAUUUGGAAACAAAUUAGGAUUUUUGAUGGGGAGUUGAUGAAUCCAUUUCAAGAAAUUGUUGUCACUGAGACAAAGGGUAACCAUACUGAGCAAGCCAUCAAUCUUGAUGGAGGAAGAAGAAGCCAUGAUGAAGCAGAGAUUGUACUACAACACUAUUACACUUUAUACAGCUGUCUAACUAAUUCAAAUACACUACUAACAACUCACGUGCCUUGCACACCUAA